AUCCUUCCCUGUAUAAAUGCAGCUUCGACCUUCCCUUGUUUACUCUCUAGCCAAGUCGACCAAGGUUCUCACUCUUUCCUUAGCCUGAUUGAGUCGCCCUACUCCUAUAUACAUCAUUCGUUCUUUGACCACCUUCUCGUGGUCCCUCAACAGCAAUUAUGUUGUUUCAGUCCUUAGCCUACUGGCUAUUUGCUGGCUCACUCGCAUUUGCUAGUGCCAUUCCAGCUUCUCUUAUCGAGAGACAAGACGGUGCUUGCACGAACACGGCUCGAACACGCCAAUGCUGGAGUGAUGGAUACAGUAUUUCCACAGACUUCGAUGCCAAAGCUCCUCCAGCUGGUACGACCGUCACUUACAAUCUCGAGAUUACAAACGUGACGAAACCACACCUGGACGGAACUCCCGGGAAUCGAGAGUUUCAACUUAUCAAUGGCCAAUAUCCUGGACCAACAAUUCGAGCAAAGUGGGGUGACACGAUUGUCGUCAACGUCAAGAACAGCAUGCAAGACAAUGGUACCGGCAUCCACUGGCACGGCAUUCGUCAACUCAACAGUUGUCAGCACGACGGAGUGCCCGGAGUUACAGAAUGCCCAAUUGCUCCAGGGAAGACUCGUCAAUACAGAUUCAAAGCUACCCAGUUCGGCACGACCUGGUACCACUCUCAUUGGUCUGCCCAGUACGGUGACGGUGUGCUUGGGACUAUGAUUAUCGAUGGACCUGCCACAGCCAACUAUGACGAGGACCUAGGUGUUCUGCCAAUCACAGACUACUACCACACCCCAGCAUUCACGCUCAACGAAGUAGCACAGCACUCGCAAGGAGGUCCUCCUCUUCCUGACAACAUCCUCGUCAACGGUACCCAUAUCAAUGCAAACGGCGGAGGCAAGUACGCCAAGAUGUCUGUCACAAAGGGCAAGAAGUAUCGCAUCAGGAUCAUCAACACCUCGGUGGACAGCACUUUCAGUGUUUCACUUGAUGGACACCCCUUCACUGUCAUGACUGCCGACUUUGUUCCUAUCAAGACUUACGUCGCCACUCAAUUAACGCUUGCUAUCGGCCAACGGUACGAUGUGAUGAUCGAAGCGAACCAGACUGUGGACAACUAUUGGUUCCGCGUAGGCUAUGGAACAGCCUGCGGAGGAAACAACAUUCUCUCGUCUGGCAUCCAGUUAGGCGCCAUUCUUUCGUACUCCGGCGCCUCCAACAACAACCCCACAACUACCGGUGUCGCCUUGCGAACAACCUGCGUCGACGAAGACAGGUUCAGCCUCGUCCCGUUCGUCCCCAACACAGUGCCCUCGUCUGUAGUUGGUACCGCUGGCAAAAUCGAUCUCAAACUCCAGACAGGAAACGUCGUCCGUUGGCUUCUCGAUGGUACGCCGAUGAUCGUCGAUUGGAACAACCCCACUCUCGAGACAACGCUUGCUGGAUCGAGCAAUUUCUAUCCCAACAACAACAUUCAUGAGAUGUCGACCAGCAACUGGUACAUAUGGUAUAUCGAGUCAACGGAUGGUUUCCAGCUGCCGCAUCCUAUCCAUCUUCACGGGCACGACUUCUACGUUGUCGGCGAGGGUUCUGGGCAAUGGGACGGUUCGGUUAGCAGUUUAAACUUGAACAACCCUCUACGCCGUGAUACUACGACGAUGCCAGUGGGCGGUUAUUUGGUGCUUGCGUUCCCUGCCGACAAUCCGGGAACUUGGGUGAUGCAUUGCCACAUUGCAUGGCACGCAAGUCAGGGACUGGCGUUGCAGUUUCUGGAGCGCAAGGGUGAGAUUCAGAGCGUUAUUGGAAGUACAGCAGACUUCAAGCAGGGGUGCGAUGAGUGGGAUGGGUACUGGUUCCCCGGAAACCACCCGUACAACAUGACCGACUCUGGAAUUUAGAGGACCACGGUCCGGUUCUGUCUUCUCUUUGUUACUUUGAGCUCUUGGCUCCGCAGGCUUCGAGCUGAUAUACGAAGCCUUCUAUUUUCUUUUCU